AUAUACGCCACAAUAAUACUGAACUAGCUACACUUCUCCCAACACCCAAAUAGUGCUUGAUCUGGUCUUUCUUACAAGUUAAAAGCUCUCUACCGUUUUCUCUCUCACUUUCUCCCUUUGUGUUUCAACAGUACUACUAUAUAUACUGCUCUUGGUUUCUUGCUUUGGUUUGCUUCAGAAGCGAGGGAACUGUACAGCUAGCUAGCUUAAUUAGCAGUAAUGGAAGGUGGUGGAAGGAAUCAUGGAUAUAAGAAAGGUCUAUGGACAGCGGAGGAAGACAGAAUUCUAACCGAGUAUAUCAAAGUCCAUGGAAAAGGCAAGUGGAAUCGAGUCACCAAAGUCACAGGAUUGAAGAGGUGUGGGAAAAGCUGCAGAUUGAGGUGGAUGAACUAUCUGAGCCCCACCGUGAAGCGUGGCGACUUCUCUGAGGAAGAAAACGAUCUCAUCAUUCGCCUCCAUAACCUCCUCGGAAACAGGUGGUCUCUGAUAGCCGGACGGGUUCCGGGAAGAACCGACAACCAAGUAAAGAACCACUGGAAUUCUCAUUUGAGCAAAAAGCUCGGCGUGGCCAACAACUACAAAGGUGUAAAGAGCAAAGCCAAGAGUAGAAGUAGAAGUCAUAGUAGUAGUAGUACUACUACUACUUCCUCAGACCAACAAGCAAGUAGUCCAAAAGAACAGUCCAACUCUGCAGAGCUACAGCAGCAGCCACUACCUGAUUCGAAUAGCGACGGCUAUGGUGAAGCAGCAGCACCAGCUCGCCAUGGAUGUGAUGAUGAUCAUGGUCAGGAGAUGAUGAUCAGCCGAGAUAGUGGUGUUGGGUUCAGUGGGAUGUGGGAGACGAUGAUGAUGGGUAGCAAUAACAACUGUGAUCAGGGCUCCUUUUGGUUUUACAAUAAUAAUCAGGAUGACCUAAAUCUCUACAAUCCUAAUUAUUUCAUGGACCCUAGUCUAGAUCAUCACCAUCUUCAUAACUACUCUUAUUCAAUUUUUGAGGACAUCGGCUUCUAGAUAACCACUUUGUAUUUGGUAUUCAUUAAUUAAAUGCUAUGUUGUCGUUAAUUAAUAAGAAUGCAGAGA